UUACUUCGGAACGGAUGUCAAUCGAUCCAACUGUCGUAACAAAAUUACAUGACGCAAAAUUUCGAUAAUAUUAUCAUAUAAAGAAGUAUAAUCGACUGGAAGUAUGUCAUUCCUUCGCAUAAUUUUACACCCAGUUGUUGUGCGAGCAGAUUCAGUCACGAUCGUCAUGGGACCACUGUUUUUUAAGCAUACUUCUGUCUUUGUAGUGGUUUGCUUCGUAAAUUUUGCUAUUUGUGGAAAACAUCAUGAACAUUCGAGAAGAAAAGAGAAAACAAUGUCAACCCCGGAAGAAUGCGCUCGUGAAUGCGUAUUCGGCGCUGAGCCAAAGACAUGUUAUUAUCAUUUCACGGUGGAAUAUUAUACAACAAUGUCAUCUGCCUGUAAUUUAUGUCGUACGAACUCGACAAAUAUUCUAACCGAAGAUUGUCAGUGCAUAAUGGCCGAUGGUUUCGAAAAAUCAGGAAUUAUUACCGCAAACAGGAUGCAUCCUGGACCAUCAAUACAAGUUUGCUUACACGAUUACGUUGUCGUUGACGUGCUUAAUCACGUAAUUGGAAGUGGAAUAACAAUUCAUUGGCACGGAAUCUAUCAAAAUGGAUAUCAGCAUUAUGACGGUGUUCCAUUUGUUACCCAGUGUCCAAUUCAGGAAGGUUCGACCUUCAGAUACCAAUGGCAAGCAAAUAACGCGGGCACCCAUUUUUGGCAUGCACAUUCUGGUCUUCACAAAGCGGAAGGUCUCGAUGGUUCCUUGAUCGUCCGUACUUCUAGAACUGUCGAACCCAAUGCAAAUCUCUGGGAUUUUGAUCAUUAUAAUAAUGUCAUAUUCCUCAAUGAUUGGCUCCAUGAUUCUGCCGCCGAACAUUAUCCUGGUACUUUGGUUCGUCGAAAUGGACAGCGUCCUGACACUUUCCUUAUUAAUGGCAUGGGCCAGUAUACGGAUCCUGUUUCUGGAAACACGACUGAUGUACCCCUAGCUGAAUUCACUGUAAAAAAAGGCCAUCGUUAUCGCUUCCGUAUGAUCAAUGCAUGCACUAUGACAUGCCCUAUUAUGCUGAGUGUAGAGGAACACAGACUUAUGGUUAUAGCAACUGAUGGAGAGAACAUUGAACCCGUUUUGGUGGACAGUAUUGUAUCGCUUUCUGCUGAACGAUACGACUUCAUUAUCACCACGGAUAAGAAAUCUCGUAAUUACUGGAUCCAAGCUCGCGGGCUCGGUGAGUGCGCGGACAGAGAAAUUCAACAACUCGGAAUUCUCCGUUAUAUUUCUACUACCAAGCAUACUAAAUCGAACAAGCGACCAACAUACGAGAAGGGUAUUAAGUUUGGACUUGUUCUCAAUCAGUUGAACGUUCAAUGCAAUGACGCGAAUUCUUCUCCACAUACGUUAUGUGUUAGUAACCUGAGAAAUGCCCGACCUAUAGAUUCGAAUAUUAUCAAGGCGGAGCCCGAUGUUCGAUUAUAUAUGCCCAUAAACUUUUACGAUUACUCACAAGAUGUUGCUUUUGAAUCUGGGCAAUAUCGGCGGUUUUUAGUUGCUGGUGGAACCGAAACAGUUGGUCUGGUAGCGAAUAUUGCGAAUGUUUUGCCAGUUUCUCCACUUCUCACUCAAAGAAAAGAUAUACCUGAGACCGAAAUUUGUUCUUCAACUGACUUACCUGCAAGAUGUAAAAGUGCGGAAUUUUGUGAAUGUACACACGUCGAAGAACUUCCUUUGGGAGCAAUAAUCGAAAUCGUUCUCGUUGACGAAGACAGUUCAAGGGUGAUAUUUAAGAAAAUCAUAAAAAACCCCCUGUUCAGAAAAGCGCAUAGUUCGCCGUUCUCUCGUGUGAGGCCCUCAGUCGACGGUUGGUCUCUCGUUUGAGCUCGGUAACACGCAAUAGAUCGAUACCUUCAUCACGAUUCUAUCUUUCAAGUUUCGGGAGUAUUCUUUUUCUGUUCGCCCUACUUCAUAUCAAAGUGAUCGGGAGAGCCGCGACUUACAACCACGUCAUUUUUGGUACACCGAGCUCUGAAGUCCGAGAAUUUGCUCCAAUAUUGAUUAUUUCAACUUCGUGGAAUUCUCUCUUCGGAAAUUAUUUCAAAACCGGCUUACUUCGAUGGCUUCGACACCAUACUAACAUUGUGAACUCUUCGACACUAAAAUCUGUGAUAUUUUUUAUUAUUUUUACACGGAAUACUUCGCCUUCGUUUUCAGUUAUUUCUUUCCGGCAAUACAAAUCUGCAGAUUCCCAUCCUCACAAAUCAGGAAAUAUUCCUUCAAAAAAUUACACCCCCUCUAAGGGGAAAAAACAGAUGGACAAGUCUGAUUCCCCGUUCCCGCAUUAUAACACAUAAUUGCACCAAAAAAUUCCCUAGAUUUACCGAAAAUUAUUUUAAAAGGUAAAAAAAAAAUCAAAUGCACCACUCUAAAACAUUCUGAUCCUAUAAUAUCCAAAAGCUGCGCUCAGAAACAUUUCAAAACCUGAUGCUUGAUCCUUCUAAUUUUAUUCUGACGAAGAAACAAUUAAUGGAGUUAAAAAUGAUGUGUAAAAGUUACGAUCUGAAUUCCGUGCAACGACCCAAAAUAAAUGAUAUUCAUUCGAGGCCAAGUAAUUAUUAAUAUUUCGAAAUAUUCAUUUCUACACGAUAGGUCACGAAUUUAAGCAGAAAAUAUAACCUUAUCAAUAGGAGAAAAAUACUACUUAGAAUCAUUCUACAGGACUAAGAACU